AUGGAAACGAAGAAGGUCAAUGAGUUCGCCACUGCCGCCAGAGAUAUGAUCUUCUCGGGUGGCGCCGUGGUCAUCAAGGAGAAGGAAGAUGACGAUGACGGUGCCAUUGACGACGGAGACGCAGACGAGGAAAUGGUUCAUUCCAAAAGAAACUUUUCUCAGCUGAGGAUUCAAAAGAGAAACUCGGAAGCUGGCCUUCUGAAAAAGGUCAUUCCCUUCCACUGGGCUCCUAUGCUCUCACCCCUGACCGAGAAUGAUAUCGACACGUGUGUGACGCUUGAAAAUGUCGCACUUUCAGAAGCCAGGUAUAGAUCACCGCGCGACAAGAUCGAGUAUCGCAUUCGGAAGUCUGGACUUUGCUAUGGCCUGUUCAACACCGUGAGGCCGAGCGAUGUGAAGAAGAUAACCCUCACAACUAUGGAGCACAGUCGACCCGUUGAGUCAGGACGCUGCGACGACGCCAAACAUGUCAUGUUUGCGCACGUCCUCGCUACUUUGGGAACCCAGCUAGUUGUCACUGAUGCUGACAUGGCUAUGCCCGAGGAUUGGCGGGAUGUAAAAGCCUGCAAAGCUUCUCCUCUAGGUCAUCAGUCUGAAGGGAGAACGAUUUGCCUUCAUUCGUUCAUUGUGUGCCCGGAAGUCCAAGGAGUUGGCAUUGGCAAAACAGUGAUGAAAUCCUAUCUCGAAAUGAUGAAUAACUCUGGCAUAGCCGAUCGAGUUGCCAUAAUCUGUCAACCGUACGCUAUUCAGUUCUACAAGUGUUUCGGAUUCAAAGACCUUGGCCUAAGCACAGAAGCUCUUGCAGGCCAGGGCUGGCACGCUAUGGUACUCGAAUUAAAAGGUCCUAGUAAAAAGACUAAAGAGGAGCCCACGCGAAAGAGCAAGCAGGAUGCUAAGCAAGAUGCUAAGCAAGAUGCUACACAAACAAAGACCAAGAAAUCGCCAUGA